AUGAGAAUUAUCUACUCUCAUUGUGUUGUCAUAAAAACAGAAGGGGCAAUUACCACGUAUCAAGUUAAUGACCAAAGGGUAGUUGAAGACGGCAUCAAGAAGUCAACUUUGCAGGCGUACUUCAAUGAAGAUGAGUGUGAGGCAAAAUGCAUGUGUGAACUAUUUGAGAUGAGAGGGACUAUAUGUAGGCACAUUCUCUCAAUUUUUGCUGCAAGGGAUGUCCAAGUGUUGCUAGAAAAAUACAUUAUGGAGAGGUGGAGGAAGGACAUUAAACGUAGAUAUGCUCUCAUUCGAAGCAGUUACGAUGACUUGAGUGGUAAACCAGCUGCUAGUCGGUACUCUGGUUUGAUAAAAUUAUGUUUCCAAGUAGCUACAAAUGCAUGUGAAAGCGAAGAUAAUUCUCUGGACAUGACACAGAAGCUAAAGGCGAUGAAUGAAAUUUACACUAAAUCGAAGCCUCAAGCCACAGUUGCAAGCACUCAUGCUUCCAUUGAUGCUGAAACUGGAAGUUCGAAGAAAGUGUUGAGCCCUCGUGUUGUCAGAGGCAAAGGCAGGCCGCCAUCAAAGAGAAGACAACCUACAAUAGAGAAGUUACAAACCAAAAAUAAAAAAGCUAGUGGCAAGCGACAAAGAAAGAAUGCCCCAUCGCGGACGGAAGAUGUAUUAAACCCCACAGAAUCGGUAAUACUGCACGACACACCAGAAGCUGUUGUUUCGCAACUACCUGUUAAACAACAAAGUGUUAUUUCUCAGGCGAACUUCGCAUGUCCUGACCCUCUCGAUAAUUGA